AUGGCUUCAGGAUACGACAGAGCGCUGUCCGUCUUCAGUCCCGAUGGACACGUCUUCCAGGUCGAGUACGCUGGCGAAGCCGUCAAGCGAGGAACAUGUGCGGUCGGCGUCAAGGGCUCGGAUGUCGUCGUUCUCGGAUGCGAAAAGCGAUCAGCCAUGAAGCUGCAAGAUACCCGAAUCACCCCGUCCAAGAUUCAACUCCUCGACACCCACGUCUGCCUCGCAUUCGCCGGCUUGAACGCCGAUGCCCGUAUCCUCGUCGACAAGGCGCGGUUAGAGGCGCAGUCCCACCGACUGACGGUCGAAGACCCCGCCUCCAUCGAGUACAUGACCAAGUACGUUGCCGGUGUCCAGCAACGGUACACACAGAGCGGUGGUGUCCGCCCCUUCGGCAUCAGCACCUUGAUUGUCGGCUUCGACAGCGGCAGCAAGGUCCCCCGCCUCUACCAGACUGAGCCCUCGGGCAUCUACUCGGCAUGGAAAGCCAACGCCAUCGGCCGUUCCAGCAAGACCGUUCGCGAGUUCCUCGAACGCAACUACAAGGAGGACAUGGAUAGAGAGGCCACCAUUCGGCUUGCCAUCAAGUCCCUUCUCGAGGUUGUCCAGACGGGGGCCAAGAACAUCGAGAUCGCGCUGAUGGCGCCUGGCAAGACGAUCGAGAUGCUUCCCGUGGAGGAGAUUGAGAACUACGUCAAGAACAUUGAGCAGGAGAAGCAAGAGGAGGCGGCGAAGAAGAAGACUGGCCGCACGCCAGGCACCGGAAGCGCGGCGAUCCUUACGAGAGGCCCGGACUCUGGCGAGGGUGAUGAGUAA